AUGUCUCUCUUAGAUCAAACAGGGCAGUCUCUUGUCUCGGUAUUCUAUAAUUUUAUCAGCACUGUCCAUGGAACAUGUAAUCAUCCAAUUCAUCUGGUGUGGAACAAGCAACUCCCACCCAAAGUGCAAUUUUUCAGUUGGCUCGCUUGGAAAUACAAGUUAAAAACCUCUGUCUUCCUUCAGCGAAUUGGUAUCUUAGAUGGGUCUGCCUCUACCCUAUGCAUAUUCUGUCAAGAACAGCAGGAAACAGCAGAACAUGUACUCAUCUCCUGCCAUCUGGUAUGGAAAGUUUGGACUGGGUUGUUACAGUGGUGGGGGACUACUUGGGUUGUCCCAAAUUCUGUCUCAAACCUGCUACUUUGGUGGUCAGGUUUUGAUUGCAGAAAGUCCGAACGUCGAAUAUGGAAUGCUAUUCCUCUUGUAACUCUAUGGUCCAUCUGGAAACAUAGGAACGAGUGUCUCUUCCAAGCAUCUUCGCCAAAUCUGCAGGAGCUGCAAGAGCUCAUUGUCACCAGGAUUGCCAUUUGGUUGAAAGCUGCGUCCACGAAGCUCCACUUUUCGAUCAAUGAUUUUCUGUACAACAUCUCAGCUAUUAGGCAUUGCAUCAACGAAGGUUAA